AAAUUUUCUUCUCCUGCGUUAGAGAGAGAGAUUUUCAUGGAUGAUUCAUUUGAUGAAGAUUGUGAUUACCUUUUUAAGGCGGUUCUUAUUGGAGACUCUGCAGUCGGGAAAUCUAAUCUUCUCUCAAGAUUUGCCAAGAAUGAAUUCCGGCUUGAUUCCAAGCCUACCAUAGGGGUGGAAUUUGCUUACAGAAACAUUAAAGUUGGCGACAAGCUCAUCAAGGCACAAAUAUGGGAUACGGCUGGACAAGAAAGGUUUAGGGCAAUUACGAGUUCAUACUACCGCGGGGCACUUGGUGCGUUGCUAGUGUACGACAUUACCCGGCAAAACACAUUCGAAAAUGUUAAAAAAUGGUUGGCAGAGCUCAGGCAGUUUGGCAAGCCAGAUAUGGUUGUCGUUCUUGUUGGGAACAAAUCUGAUUUGGGUCAAAAAUCCAGAGAAGUUAGCGAAGAAGAAGGAAGAAAUGUGGCAGAAAAAGAAGGCCUGUGUUUCAUGGAAACUUCUGCCUUGGAGAAUCUUAACGUUGAGGAUGCUUUUUUGCAUAUGAUUACCAAAAUCCAUGAGAUCACUACCCAAAAGAGCUUACAAGCUAAAAUGGCUAAUGACCACCACACUUUCACAAAUCUCCAAGCUUCUAAACAGAUUAAUAUUCAUAUUGAUCAUGAAGUUACUGCCACCAAACAAUCGAGUUAUUGUUGCUCAACUUGAAUUAUAUUAUUUCGUGAUCAUUGUAUAGCGGAAUUUUUUUUUACAUACUUAUGACUUAUGAAUUAUGAGCGGGGUACUUUUUAGUUUGAAUUUUCU